AAAUAAACCAACACAAAAUUACUUACCAAUGGAUGAAAUGUUAGGGCCCAAUAGUAAGUGCUUAGCAUAUCAUGGACCCUUGUUGUAUGAAGCCAAAAUUCUCAAAGCUCAUGAGAAAGAUGCUAGCUAUGUGAUGCAGAAAGAUGGGCAACAAUCUUUGGAAGCUGCUGGAUUUCCUGAAGAUCUUAAAGAUCAAAGAGCUUAUUUAAUUCAUUAUAAAGGUUGGAAAGCAUCUUGGGAUGAAUGGGUUAAAGAAUCUAGGGUAUUGACGUUUAAUUACGAGAACUUGAAAUUACAAAAGGAAUUGAAGCAGGCUGCAUUAAAUGUAACUGAUUCAAUUAAUGUUUCAGCUUCAACGAAAAAAAUUAGUGAUGAUUCUCGAUCUUCAAACAAUGUGUCUUCGAGAAGAAGAAGAACUGAACAUGAACAAGAAAAGGAAAAGGAGUUUCUUUCAAAAACAGAAGUUAAUAUAAAUAUACCUGAUAAUUUGAAAUCCUUUUUAGUUGAUGAUUGGGAAAAUAUUACAAAGAAUCAUUAUUUGGUUGAUGUACCAAAGAACCCAAGUAUAAUGCAAAUAUUAAAGAAUUAUGAAGAAGUUACAUUGCCUUCAAAAAAUAAUCAAACCAUUGAGAUUGAUAUCCUAAGAGAAGUAUUAAGUGGGAUUAAUCUUUAUUUUGAUAGAUCUUUGGGAUCAAUUUUAUUAUACCGAUUUGAAAGGACCCAAUUUGCAGAGUUAUCAAAAGAUGAAAAAAAUAAAGACAAAAGAUUAUGCGAGAUUUAUGGGGUUGAACAUUUAUUAAGAUUAUUUGUUUCAUUGCCUGCAUUAAUUGCACAAACUAAUAUGGAUCAACAAUCGGUUGGAGUGUUAAAAGAAAACCUUGAAGAUAUUUUAUUAUACAUUUCCAAAAAUGAGAAAACAUUGUUAAGUAGAAAAAAUUACAUAAAUGUUUCACCAGCUUAUGAUUAUCUAUCAAAAUCUACUUGAAGAAUUAGUUUAAUUUGUUUUAUUAUUUGAUUUUUUUUUAAUUAGUUUCAAC